AUGACUGAACGCCAACGAACCUAUCUGGAGCGUCUGCAGGAUCGUUUCGGAGACAAGCUUACCGAGGUCGACGCCAGCACGACGCCAAUGACUAUUUGCUGUGAUUCAGCGGAUUGGGUUGACGUUUGUCGGGCACUGCGGGAUGAAUUCGGUUUCGAACAGCUCAGCGAUUUGUGCGGGGUAGAUUACCUGAGCUACGGCGCCGACGAGUGGGACACCGAAGACGUCAGCGGCGAGGGGUUUUCACGGGCGGUUGAUGGUGAUUCGGGGCCGGGUCGUUUCGAUUGGGACAAUCGCCCUCAAGUUGAAAUGGAGCAACGCUUUGCGGUCGUUGUACAUCUACUUUCAAUUGCCGACAAUCGGCGUUUGCGCGUUCGCUGUUUUGCACCUGACCAUGGAUUGCCUGUGGUUGCUUCAUUGAUAGAUGUAUGGGCCGGUGUGGACUGGUUCGAGCGCGAGGCGUUCGACCUUUUCGGCAUUAUCUUCGAGGGCCAUCCCGACUUGCGCAGAAUCCUGACCGACUAUGGAUUCGUAGGUCAUCCGUUCCGCAAAGAUUUCCCACUCGUUGUGGCUGAGAUCCGCAACUAUACGAUGAACUUCGGCCCGCAGCAUCCGGCCGCGCAUGGCGUCCUGCGUCUGGUGUUGGAGAUGGAUGGGGAGACAGUCCAACGCGCUGAUCCGCAUAUCGGCUUGCUGCACAGGGCGACCGAAAAACUUGCGGAAUCGAAGCCGUACAACCAGUCCAUCGGUUACAUGGACCGGCUCGACUAUGUGUCGAUGAUGUGUAACGAACAUGCCUACGUGCUGGCGAUCGAGUCUCUGUUGGGUAUCGAGGCGCCGCCACGGGCAGAGUAUAUCCGCACCAUGUUCGACGAGAUUACUCGAAUACUCAAUCAUCUGAUGUGGCUGGGUACCCAUGGUCUGGAUCUUGGCGCGAUGGCACUGUUUUUAUAUGCCUUCCGCGAACGCGAACAGUUAAUGGACUGUUAUGAAGCGGUGUCUGGCACGCGCAUGCAUGCAACCUACUACCGUCCGGGCGGCGUGUUUCGCGACCUACCUGGUGGGCUGAUUGAUUUUAUCGAAGCUUUUGCCGAUGACUUUCCAUCUAAGGUGGACGAGUACGAGACGUUGCUGACAGACAAUCGAAUCUGGAAACAGCGCACGGUGGGAAUUGGCGAAGUUACGCCCGAGCGUGCGCUACAGCUUGGUUUUACCGGCGCGAUGCUGCGUGGCUCCGGGGUAGCGUGGGAUUUGCGCAAGAAGCAGCCCUAUGCCGCCUAUGACCAGGUUGAGUUCGAUAUUCCGGUGGGUACCAAUGGCGAUUGCUACGAUCGCUACGUGUGCCGGAUGGAGGAAAUGCGCCAGUCGAACCGAAUUAUCAAGCAGUGCAUAAAGUGGCUAAAAGAAAAUAGUGGCCCGGUGAUGCUGCAAAAUUACAAAGUCGCCGCACCCACGCGAGAACAAAUGAAGGAUGACAUGGAAGCUUUGAUCCAUCACUUCAAACUGUUUACCGAAGGCUACUGUGUGCCAAAAGGCGAAGCCUACGUGGCUGUUGAGGCACCCAAAGGUGAGUUUGGCGCAUAUAUCGUUUCGGAUGGUUCGAACAAACCGUUUCGUCUACAUCUGCGCGCGCCCGGUUUCGCCCAUCUAUCAGCGAUGGAUGAGAUGGUGCGCGGACACAUGCUGUCCGAUGUUGUGGCCGUUAUUGGCACGCAGGACAUCGUGUUUGGAGAAAUUGAUCGAUGA